AGCACAUUUAAUACGGAAAUUUCGGUUGACUUUUAACAUUUGCAAAACAUUCUGCAAUCGAGGGAAACACCGAGGAAUAUUAAUGAGAUUAUUCAUAUCUAAAGCCCAUAUAUAAAAUUUUACCUGGAAGUUACCUGUACAAUCGUUUUAGCGGUCUUUCCUCCUCUCUAUUGGAACUGCAGAUUGGUGCCAUGAUUUGUCGGCUGUUUUUGAUGCUGUCUCUGUUAACCUGUUCAAGUAUGGGAGCCACCAUUGGCAGAACAGAUGGUGAACGGCUCAAGUCUUUAAAUUCAAUAGAUCCAAAACCCAGAAGAGGAAAUGGCCAUUUAGAGUGGCUUCUACAGAGACACAAGGACAAAAAGGCGGGUAGAGACCGAGUGAGUGUGUCAUUUCUGGAGGGUCUGUUGGACCAGCCGUUGUUUGGCAACAAUGAAAAGGAUUCUAAAGAUAGGUCCUUCCUUGAUGAAUUGUUAAGUGAGCCUUUGUUUGACAAUGAACGAGCAAAAACAGUUAUCGAAAAUCAAAAGACCCCUAACGAAAUCAUAAACAUCCCUGUGUCUCCCACAAUGGCCAUGGUGAAGUCGACAGAACAACUACCAGGUAUAUUCUAUCCUCCACUUCCUCAGGAUUUACAAAGCCAACAGGAUCACUUAAAGGAGCUUGCUGUUGAUAGUCUAGAAUUUGUGAAGAAAUUGAACGAUGAAAGAGAGAGGAUCGGUGACGAAACUGACAGUACUUCACGACCGCACAGAAACACGGGGAUUGACGUUCAAUGGGGGAAUUCCACUAAAGACAAUCAUUUUGAUAUCUUUGAUGUUAUCCCAAACAUUAACGAAUUGAUCGAAAACUCUCUGCCUACGGACAAUACAAUUGGUAUCCUAACAGCAGACCGUGUCCUAGGUUUCAACAACAGAGGUAGCGAUUCAAAAAGUCCCAUUCGAGUCGGCUAUAAGAAGAUAGAAUCCUCGGAAAUAAACAACACACCAGUUCCUGAAGACGAAGAGAACCGAACUGAAGCACCAAGCCGACGGUCCUCCACAGCAGCACCGUUUAUAUUCCUCCCCAAAAAAGUAAAAAAGUCGGAUAAUAAGAAAAUUUUACAUCAUUUAGUAUAUUUAUUCCCGUCAAAGGUAAAGAUCACAGCAAAAGUUAACAAAAAGAACCUGCAUUCCCAAAGGAAGAUUUCCACAACAAAGAUACGAAACAAAGAUUUAAAACAUCAUAACCAAGCAAAGGUGAAAUCUAGUGACAACUUGCGGAAUUUUUUUCUUCCCCAGUCUCAUUUUGAAAUCCUCCCGCCUUUAUACAAUUACCAAUAUGGAACUCUAUUCCCAAAUUAUAGUUAUCAUCUUUACGACUAUAGAACAGAAAUGGAGCCUUAUGUGUCUAACUCUUUUGAUGACUAUAUCAUGUUUCCUCAUACUGAAGUCUAUCAUAGGUCACAAAGUUCACACCGCAAACAGUCAGUAAGUGUACUUGAUACGUCAUUGUUCAUUUAAAAAAUUAAUUGAAUUGACGCCUAUGAACAAUUAUUAGAAAUGUAAAUCAUCCUUCAACUAUACGUAGCAUAUGUUUUGUAAUAAAACUGGUAUGCAUCAGGAGAAAAACAACAACAGUGCAAUCCUUUGUUCAAUACAACUAAUGUCUGCAUCAUAAAAUUACAGUGUUUUAAGUGGUUUUAUUUUAUAUUAUAUCAUUUUUUUUUAAAAUUGGUUUCCUUGAAUUGUUUCUGUUGGUUUGAUAAGUGAUAAGCAUACGACCAUCUUUAAAGCUACAAUCAAGGAUUAUUCUGAUCGAUUACCGAUAUCUGUUGGCAAUUAAUAAUAUUCAAGGUAUUUUUCUUUUGUAGGGCAGAUACUAAACUGCUGAAUAUAAAUAAUGCCGAAUAUAAAUAAUGCCGAAGAGGCUGGCGGUGUAUUCUCGAAGAGUUCUGAGUGUAUCGGAACCUGAAAACCAAAUCCAAUGAAAGUCCUUUCAUCCGGAUUUGCUAUGGAUCAGAAAAAAUACCGAUUAAUUUUCAUAAUGGAAUUCAAAGUUCCUUGCAAAACUACAUAUGCAGUUUAUAUGCCAUUUCGGAUUGAUCAACAUCUGGAUUACCCACGUUCUGAUAUAAUUAUUUUUAUAACAUCAAUUAACCGCAGAAUGUAGCUGACAGGGGGGAACAUUGGGAUAAACCAGAGAGCUGCAGACCCAACUCUACAAAAAACAUCAAUUUACAGCAUUCAUAAAAAUUCUUUUCUUGACGUGAUUAUGUUAGGUUACCAGUCAAAUUGAACCCCGUUGGUUUUCUUUUCUGAUAUUUUUUAUACUUUCGCUCUAUAUCUAGAAACAAGCCGGUAUAUGUUAAUUAAUUUCCGAGAAAUAUUUUCAAUCAAAUAUUGACUAUCAGCCUAACAUGGCUACAUCAACUGACGAAAUUGUUUGAAGUUGCGAGUUUGCAUGAGGCUUGAAUGUUUUAAGGUAUGUCUCGACGUGGAGGGUUUUUUGCAAAUUAAAAUUUUGAAACGGCGAUAAAAGAAUGCAGCAAUAUAAGACCCUAAAGUUGCGCUGUGAAUCGAAGGUGUUUUUUUUUUAUAUGAGGUGGAUCUGUAGCUCUCUGAUACAAGUAUAUCCCUCCCAUAAAGCUAGAAAUCUGUAGCUAUAAGAUCAACAGAUUGGUUGUGAUCAUGUUCCAUCUCAGCUAUGCAUGUAUUUAUGUAUGCAAUGUUGUGUUUGUACGUGUGCGUGAGCGCGCGCGCGUGUGUGUGUGUGUAACAUGGAAGGGUGGAUGCAUAAGGUUCGUUAUUAAUGCACAAUAGGUAAAAUGUAGUUUUCCUUUUAAAAUAAGUGAGUGAUUUUCUUAAACUUUUCACAUCGUGACACCUAUGGUAAAAUGUAAUAAUUAUACAAAUAUUUCAUACGAUUUUGUAGAACUUAAAUGUUUAUAUUGCUAUGUAUCUCAUUUUUAAGAUUCAGCAGUGCAUAAAUGAAAUGGAAACUGUAAGUGAUAUUGAUUAUUAAUACAUGCAUUGAUUAAUGAUACAUGUAUUGAUAUCAUUGAAUGGUGUGUGUUAUAAUGGAUUUAAUUUAUAAUAAGUUGAUGAAUGUUGCGGGUUAAAAGGUAGAGCUGAGCACUUACUUCACAUGAUUGCUUCUGCAAUUGAUAUUUAAUACAAAGUUAACAUUUUGUUACAAGAUUGUUUUUAUUUAAUUGUAUUUUCACUGUUGUUAUUUAUUAUUAAAUUGAAAAAUAUAA